UGCUCGUCGUGAGGCAGUCGCCAUUUUGAAACCCAAAUCGUUCACAGUACACCCGCCCUGAAACCUGGAACUAUGCCGCGGGGCCGGCCUCGCAAACUGAGGGAUAAAACCAACGACGGAACAGAGGGUAUAUCUGGAGCCAAGCAGGACAACAGCCAUGGGGAUUCCAAGGACAACAAGUGCACUGUCUGCUCCCAGAGCUUCACCACUGAGAGCCAGCUACAGAGGCACCAGCGCGACCAUGAGGCCAACGACAAGCUUCACCGGUGCGACCAGUGUGCUCAGACGUUUAACGUGGAGUUCAACCUCAUGCUCCACAAGUCCACACACGCCACCUCGAACCCCACCUGCCCGGUGUGCCACAAGAAGUUCUCCCGCGUGGCCAGUCUCAAGUCCCAUAUCAUGCUGCAUGAGAAGGAGGAGAAUCUGAUCUGUACAGAGUGUGGCGACGAGUUCAUUCUCCACAGUCAGCUCAUGCUGCAUCUGGAGGAGCAUCGCAAAGAGCUGUCUGGGGCCAAGGUGUACACCUGCAAGACCUGUAGCAAGGAGUUCAAGAUGGCAGGCCAGCUCAAGGAGCACACCAAGACCCACGUCAAGAUGAGGCCACUCAGUUCGAAUUCCAGAAACUACAAGAAGAAUAUCGAUCGGAGUGGAUUCACCAACAGCUGUCAGCACUGUGGCAAGACGUUUAAAAAGCCCAGCCAGCUUGUUCGACACACACGAAUACACACAGGCGAGCGGCCGUACAAGUGCAGCCACUGUAGCAAGGCCUUCAACCAGAAAGUCGUGCUGCAGACCCAUAUGGUGAGGCACACGGGAGAGAAGCCCCACCUCUGCAUCUUUUGCCCCUCUUCCUUCUCGCAGAAGGGCAACCUGCACUCGCAUGUCCAGAGAGUGCACUCUGAGCUUACGGGAGUACCACUGUUCCCGUGCAUGGACUGUAGCUGUGUGUUCAAAAAGCUGGGCAGUCUCAACGCCCACAUCAGCAAGAUGCACAUCUUGCUCAUAGAGGAAUCGGCCAACACACAGGAGGUGGAGUCGGGUCAGGGUGUGGCGGGGUCAGAGGGCAGCGAGGUGGUGACUGACGUGAUCCAGCAGCUCCUAGAGCUGUCAGAGCAGGUGACAGGGGAGGGGACCCAGUCACAGUCCCAAGAACAGACCAUCACCAUGGAGACGGCUAUCAACCAGGACAUCCUACAGCAAGCCCUGGAGAACAGUGGGUUGAGCGUGGUUCAGUCCCAGACCAACGGCGCGGCCAGACAGACUCAGAGCCAUGCCGCCGAGGGGGCUCUACCUGACAGUAAGAAGUUACCAGGCCAGGACAAAACCGCCAAGAAGGAGAAGAGAAGUAUCUUCAGAAAACCUGUACAGAUGCCAGGCUCCAUCAGGGAGGAGAACGGCGUGCGGUGGCACAGCUGCCCUUACUGCAGCAAGGAGUUCAAGAAGCCCAGCGACCUGGUGCGCCACAUCCGCAUCCACACACACGAGAAGCCCUUCAAGUGCAAGCAGUGCUUUCGCGCCUUUGCCGUCAAGAGCACCCUUACUGCCCACAUGAAGACGCACACAGGCAUCAAGGCCUUCGAGUGCCAGUGCUGCAUGAAGUGCUUCUCCACGUCGGGCAGCAGGAAGGUCCACAUGCGCCUACAUACAGGUGUGCGUCCGUUCCCGUGCCCUCACUGUGACAAGAUCUUCCGUACAUCGGGCCACAGAAAAACACACAUCGCCUCUCACUUCAAGAGCCUGCAGCAGAAGAAGCACAAGUUCCCACGCAAAGCCCAUAAAACCAAGGUGUCCAAGAGCAACAUACCUCUGCCUGAUAUCCCCCUGCAAGAGCCCAUACUUAUCACGGACCUCGGUCUCAUCCAAUCCCAGAACCCUCGCCUGGCCUUUCAGACGUACCUGGAGAUGGUGGACAAUGAUCGGCCAUACAAGUGUCCCUGCUGUAACAAGGCCUAUAAGAAAUCCAGCCACCUCAAGCAGCACGUUAGGUCUCACACGGGAGAGAGGCCGUACAAGUGUGUCCAGUGCGGUAAGGGAUUUGCCUCCUCGGGGGUGCUGAAGGCCCACAUCCGGACCCACUCGGGCCUCAAGGCCUACAAGUGCCUGAUUUGUGACACCACAUUCACCACCAGCGGCAGCCUCCGCCGCCAUAUGACCACCCACAGCGACAUGCGGCCCUACAUGUGCCCUUACUGCCAGAAGACCUUCAAGUCCUCACCCAACUGCAGGAAGCACAUGAAGACCCACAGGUAUGAGUUGGCCCAGCAGCUCCACCAACAGCUGAACCCGGAGCCCUCGACGCUGGACGACCCCAUGGACGGCACCACCGUGACCCACAACCUGCAGGUGGAGCUGGAGGACGGCACCCUACAGCAGGAGGCUCCUCCCAUGGUGGGCUCAGAGCAGCAGGGCAUGCUGGGACUGGGCCAGGCGCAGGUGGUGGACGGCGGCCAACAGGUGUCGCUGGAGACCCAGCUAAGUGACCAGCCCCUGGGACAGGAAGAGGACACCUUUGUGACUACCCAGCAUGCUCUGCCUCAGAAUAUUAGCCACUUUGAGACGCAGACACUCCCACAGCCUGGCUUUGACCAGCAAGUACUUACUCAAGGUUUCACCAUCACCGCAGAGGGCUAUCCCCAGGCCCAGUUCUCCACGGUGCAGCAGCUUCAGGACUCCAGCACGCUGGAGUCUCAGGCCCUGUCCUCCAGCUACCACCCCCAGAACCUGCUCCAUGUGCCCAGCCAAGAGACGAGUGGCCUGCUCCAGGAGACUAGCCAAGGAGACCUCCAGCUGUCUGACCAGGCGCAAGACUACCAAGACCCUGAAGACAGCGAGGACAACAGCAAGAGGGCUUACAGGUGCACCAUGUGUAAUAAACCUUUUAAGAAGUCCAGCCAUCUGAAGCAACACGUGCGCUCCCACACCGGAGAGAAACCCUACUGCUGCAACAUUUGUGGCCGAUGCUUCGUCUCAGCAGGGGUCCUCAAGUCCCACCUCAACACACACACAGGAGUGAAGGCCUAUAAGUGUAACAUGUGUGACACAUCCUUCACCACCAACGGCAGUCUGAACCGCCACAUGGUUGUCCACCUGAAGCCCUACAAGUGUCACAUGUGUGAGGACAGCUUCCGCAACAACGUGCUGUAUAGGAAGCACUUGAAGAAGGACCACGCCGAAGUGGACAGAGGGCUGGAGGAUGAGGACGGCGAGGAGGAAGAGGAGGGCGAGCAGACCGUGAUGAAAAGGAACCGGGCCAACAUCAUAACCUUCACCGAGGAGCAGGCGGAGGAGCUGGCCAAGAAUGACCCUGGUGACGAGGCGUCAGUGUCGGAGAAGGUGCUGGCCCAGUCGGCGGCGGAGCGCGACCGCAUCAGCGAGAUCAAGGACAAGGCGGUGGAGCUGGAGACGGAGCCCAAGUUCGCCAACUGCUGUAACUUCUGCCCCAAGAGCUUCAAGAAGCCCAGCGACCUCGUCAGACAUAUCCGGAUCCACACAGGAGAGCGUCCUUACAAGUGUGACGAGUGUGGGAAGAACUUCACCGUGAAGUCCACCCUGGACUGCCACAUAAAGACCCACACAGGUCAGAAGCUGUUCAACUGUCACAUGUGCAACACAUCCUUUUCCACCAAAGGGAGUCUGAAAGUCCACAUGCGUCUCCACACGGGCUCCAAGCCCUUCAAAUGCCCCUUCUGCGAGCUCCGCUUCCGCACCUCAGGCCACCGCAAGACCCACAUCCAGUGUCACUACCGGCCCAGCUCAGAGGGUCGGAAGGCCAAGCGAGCGGCGUCAUCCAGAAGUAACCAGAACCAGCAGCAGCACCCGGUUAACCCAGAGACCCUGCACCCUGUGGGCCUGCUCCAGGCUACUACCACAGACCAUAACAUCUACCUCCCAGCCAACCAGGUCCUUGCAGGCCAGUUUGACCAGAACCUGCUGCAGCAAGGCCUGGUGGGCCAGGCUAUCCUGCCUACCUCCAUGUCAGCGGGUGGUGACCUGACAGUGUCUCUGUCGGAGGGUCUGGCUACUCUGGAGGGCAUCCACCUCCAGCUUACCUCUGCCAACCUAGUGUGUCCCAACGUCCAGAUCUCUGGCAUCGAUUCCAGCAACAUCAACAACAUCACACUGCAGAUUGACCCAGCCAUCCUCCAGCAGGGAGGUCUCCUCUCCCACGCCCUGACAGGAGACGGAGGCCUGACCAGCCACCCUGGUGUCCACCUCAUGGCCACAGGAGACCCCUCGGGGUCCGGCUCCAAUGUGGUCCUGCACCCGCUCACCAGCCUGGCCCUGCAGCCCUCCGCUGUCGGCCCCGGCCACGUCACCAUGGGCAGCCUUGGCGAGCACGACAUCACAGGAAACUGUCACAACGAGUUUGUUCCACAGCCAUUCUUUCACACCAGCUGGACCUACUUUGACGGCAUAGGGUGUCAGCCCAAGCCAUGGGNCCAUCCCCUCCAGAUUGACCCAGCCAUCCUCCAGCAGGGAGGUCUCCUCUCCCACGCCCUGACAGGAGACGGAGGCCUGACCAGCCACCCUGGUGCCCACCUCAUGGCCACGGGAGACCCCUUGGCGCCCGGCUCCAAUGUGGUCCUGCACCCGCUCACCAGCCUAUCCCUGCAGCCCUCCGCUAUCGGCCCCGGCCACAUCACCAUGGGCAGCCUUGGCGAGCACGACAACACAGGCUCUCAUCAGGACCUGAGUCAUGUGAUGAGUGCUCCAGGCCUGGUGUCCAGUGGGGCUCAUGGUGCUCAGGAGAUCACCCUGACCAUCAACAACUCCAGCCUCACCCAGGCUCUAGCUCAUGCCCAGGCCCAGGCCAACGCUGCUGCUGGGGGCAACACUGCUGCAGGCAACCACCCCCAGGAGAUCACACUCACCAUAUCAGGUCAAGACCUCCUCCAGCAGCACGGUACCCACGGUGGCGGAGAGAUGAUUGGCGGGAUCAGGCUGGCAUCCCACCAAACCACGGGUGCCACCCUCACCAUUGGCAAUGACCACCUCCUACCUCAGAGCAACGCGGGCAUGACUGUCACCAGCCUGCCGCCUAGCACCUCCCUAUCGCAGACGACUGGCUCCCAGAGCCUGGUGAUGUCAUCGUCGAGCAUGGCCAGCGACGGCAGCGUGACUCUCACACUGGCAGACACACAGGGUAUGCUGGACGCUCAACCUCAAUUCACGCUCAACUUCAACGCACAGAGUCAGCAGUACCAAACUGUGCUCAGUGACCAGGAUCUCUCAGGACAACAGGCCGGCUCCACCCAGCAGGUCAUACUGAUCAGUCAUCACCCCCAGGCCACUGAGGGACAACCCGACAAUGUAUACAGGCUAUCAGAGGAGGGCCAGGCGGUGGGGAAGGAGGACCAGGGGGAGAACCAGAAGCAGAACCAGUGUUUCUACUGCGAUCAGGUGUGUCAGAGUGCCAACACGCUGCGACGCCACUGCAGGCAGGCCCACGGCAAGGACCGGUGCCACGUCUGCAGAGUGUGUGGCAAGGCCUUCAAAAGAGCUACUCACUUAAAGGAGCAUGAGCGUGUCCACCAGCGAGGACCCUCACUGGGCUCCCAAAGGCCCAAGUUCUUCAAAUGCUCCUCCUGUGAUAAGGCCUUCGCCAAGCCCAGCCAACUAGAGAGACACAACCGCACACACACAGGUGAGCGUCCCUUUAAGUGUUCCCAGUGUGACAAGGCCUUCAACCAAAAGAGUGCCCUGCAGGUACACACGGUCAAACACACAGGGGAGAAGCCCUACAAGUGUGAAAUCUGCAGCAUCAGCUUCACACAGAAGAGCAACAUGAAGCUGCACAUGAAGAGGUCGCACGGCUAUGGUACCGAUCGGACCCAGGAGAUGACUUUGGAGCAGGGGACAGAGACGGAAGUGGAUAUCCCUCCCGAGCUGAAUGACAUGGAAGAGGUUGUCCAGGAGUCUUCUGGAGACUGGCACUGUGGCAUUCCCAACGUCUUCCCUUAGAUCCCAACUCAGAAUUGAAUUUACCAUCCCGGUUCAUCCCAGCAUAGACUCUUUACUAGGAGUCUGUGCACCGAUGAUACAAAGCACUGAUUUUACCACUAAGUAGGCGUGGAAAAACAUAGCACUCAGAUCAACCCCCCCCCCCCCACCACCAAAAGCUUUUUAAUUGAGUUGGAUAGUUCUGCACUUUUUCUAAAGCAUACCCACGGUGAUGUUGCCAAUCAAAUGCUGAAAACAGAAAGCGUGUGCGGCUGUACCUACACACAUUGGGUCUUAGCAGCAGCUAUUUCUGCCUGUUUCUCUUGUCCUCAGAUAUGCAUUAAAGGGGCAAUCUGUGAUUGCUACAUCCAUUUUUGAACCUUUAAAUUCAUGAUAUAUACCCAUUGAUUAUUGAAGAUUAUAACUUAAAAAUGCCUCAUGAGCCUAGUUCAGCUUGUUCCUCUUUUUUUUGUAAAAAAAAAACAAAACAAUUGUAAACAAACAUUUUAGAGUCUCAACAUGGUUAAAACUAUCCCUUUGAUAUCAUGGUUGUUCAGUCCUGGCAUCCAUAGCUCUGUCUCAUGAAUUUGAGAGUGGUUACAUUUUUCCAGCCCCAUCCCUCAGCUAUUUACCAAAUCAGUGGCGGGGUGCCCUCUUUUGUUAUUGUUUGAACUGCGGAUUGUCCCUUUAAAGGCAGAGAACUGGUCCUUCCAUUUGCCUAAAUUGCUGAAUCAGCCUGCGCUCUGAAUCUCAUUAGUACGAGUCCCUUAUGAGACGUUUUAGUCAAUAAGCCGUUUAGUAAUCAGACACUGACCUCCCCAGUACAGUUCACCGGUCGAGGCUGUAGCAAGCUGAGGUAGGCUACCAGCGGUUUGUUCCUAGACUGUUGUUUACUCUGUUUGCCAAUAAGAGGAGCAAACACUAUAGAUCUGCAUGGCUGCACUGUCAGUCCUGCGGUACUGGUUCAUGUCUCCCUGUAGAGUAGUAUAACCACUCACAAGCCCCAUCCACAAACAGCAUCCUAGAUCCUACCCUCCCUAGGCACCCCUGUAGAGCCGCAGUCCAUAAGUCAAUCAAUAUAAUGUCUUUUUUAAAGCCCUUUUUUACGUCAGCAGUAGUCAGUCACAAACUGCUUCAUAUGACCUAUUACGGAUUGGACUAGGUAUAAGCAAUAGUGUGAGAACUCCACCUUGCCCGCUGAAAGGCUGGAUGAAACGUUAGCCUUAUUGCUUAUUCCUAUCCAAUCAUUUCAGAUCUACACUAGCGUAUAACGGGCUGGGUGCAGGGGUUGUUUCUAGACGGGGAACUCCAUCUCUCCCGUGCUCCUGGGGCUGCUCCACAAACUGCAAACAGGCCGACUAUUAACUGUUUGACAAUUGAGCUGUGCUUUAACAGGCACACACAUUGGAGUGCAGUUUACCAGAAAAAUA